UGAAAGUUCUGUCUGUCACAUCAUUUUUGACGUUAACUUUAACUUAUGAAAAUAUCAAAGAAAACAAAUCAAUUCAUUAAAUCUUUUCCCCAAAAUAAAUAAAAACACUUCUUGUUUGCAAGACAAUAUAUAAUCUUUUUACAAUGACGACGCCCCCUGACGCUGGAGAUUCUUAUGACCAGUUUGAUGAAGAGGAAACUGAGCAGCAGCUUGGGGCAACAGCUUCAGGUCGCAAAAGGCUGUUCAGCAAAGAAUUAAGAUGUAUGAUGUAUGGCUUUGGGGAUGACCAAAAUCCCUACACAGAAAGUGUGGAUUUCUUAGAAGAUUUAGUUAUCGAAUUUAUUACUGAAACUACUCAUAGAGCAAUGGAGGUUGGUCGAACAGGCAGAGUUCAGGUAGAAGACAUUAUAUUCUUAGUUCGUAAAGAUCAGCGCAAGUACGCGCGUGUCAAAGACUUGUUGACAAUGAAUGAAGAACUCAAGAAAGCAAGAAAAGCUUUUGAUGAAGUUAAAUAUGUUGAAGAUCAACAAUAACAUGAUGAUCGAACAAGGCUGCCAUGCUACUAAGACUGAU